UGACGACUGCGCAGACGGGGCGGGACGGCCCCUUUGUCUUAGGGAGCUGAAGCAGCCGCCACAGGGCGAGAGGUUGCGGCAGAUGCCCCACGGGAUCUCCUGAUUUCUGUUGUCCUCACAGUCCUAAGAAACCAAGAUGGCAGCAGCUGGACUCCUGCCACUGCCAGCAGCACCCCAGGCCAAGGUGACCUUUGAGGAUGUGGCUGUUCUGCUCUCUCAGGAAGAGUGGGCCCGCCUGGGCCCUGCUCAGCGGGGCCUCUACCGGAACGUCAUGAUGGAGACCUACGGGAAUGUAGUCUCACUGGGACUUCCGGGAUCUAAGCCUGUUGUGAUAUCCCAGCUGGAGCGAGGAGAAGAUCCGUGGGUCCUGGAUGGACAGGAAACUGAGCUGAGCCAGGGCCUAGGAAGUGAUCACUCAGAAUGCAAAGCCAAGGAAGAGAACCAAAACACAGACUCGAAUGCGCAACCCUUAAUCUCAGACGAAGCGUCAGCCAUGUUGGCGGAAACACCAUUGAGGAAAGUUGAUGAACAUUACAAAACAGAACCGAACUUCUGUCCGAGUCCAAAGCCUGUGGGCCCCCAGAAUGCCCACGUGUUGAACCCCAGUGUACCAGUUGCUCGGCCCCAGAUGGCUCCCAGUGGAGAGAGACCCUAUAUAUGCAUUGAGUGUGGAAAGUGCUUUGGUCGGAGCUCUCACCUCCUUCAGCAUCAGCGAAUACACACUGGCGAGAAGCCCUAUGUGUGCCACGUAUGCGGCAAGGCCUUCAGCCAGAGUUCUGUCCUUAGUAAGCACAGGCGGAUCCACACGGGCGAAAAGCCCUAUGAGUGUAAUGAAUGUGGGAAAGCUUUUCGAGUGAGCUCUGACCUUGCCCAGCACCACAAGAUACACACGGGAGAAAAGCCCCACGAGUGUCUGGAAUGUGGGAAGGCGUUCACCCAGCUCUCCCACCUCAUCCAGCACCAGCGGAUCCACACCGGGGAGAGGCCCUAUGUGUGUCCCUUGUGUGGGAAAGCCUUCAACCAUAGCACCGUCCUGCGGAGCCACCAGCGGGUGCACACUGGGGAGAAGCCCCAUGGGUGCAGCGAGUGCGGGAAGACGUUCAGUGUGAAGAGGACGCUGCUGCAGCACCAGCGGGUCCACACUGGGGAGAAGCCCUACACGUGCAGCGAGUGCGGGAAGGCCUUCAGCGACCGCUCCGUGCUCAUCCAGCAUCACAACGUACACACCGGGGAGAAGCCGUACGAGUGCAGCGAGUGCGGCAAGACCUUCAGCCACCGCUCCACCCUGAUGAACCACGAGCGGAUUCACACCCAGGAGAAGCCCUACGCGUGCUACGAGUGCGGGAAGGCCUUUGUCCAGCACUCGCACCUCAUCCAGCACCAGAGAGUCCACACUGGAGAGAAACCCUACGUGUGUGGCGAAUGCGGGCACGCUUUCAGUGCACGCAGGUCCCUGAUCCAGCACGAGAGAAUCCACACAGGUGAGAAACCCUUUCAGUGCACAGAGUGUGGCAAAGCUUUCAGCCUGAAAGCAACUCUCAUCGUGCACCUGAGGACCCACACGGGCGAGAAACCCUAUGAGUGCAAUAGCUGUGGCAAAGCCUUCAGCCAGUACUCGGUGCUCAUCCAGCACCAGAGGAUCCACACGGGAGAGAAACCCUACGAGUGUGGUGAGUGCGGUCGUGCCUUCAAUCAGCACGGGCACCUGAUCCAGCAUCAGAAAGUGCACAAGAAGCUGUGAUCCAUGGCUGUCAGAAGCCCACACUUAGACCAUGCACAAGACCUACACAACCUUCCUCCAGGGAGGAAUUCUGUUACAUCCACAGACCCUUCCCUUGGUGACUCUGUUACAGUCUCAUGUCCCUCCUGGGGAAAAAGUCAGCAAAUGUUAACUUUAUUUUCCUCAACAUCUUGAUGUUAAAUCAGAGAGUAAUCCUACAAUUGUAGAUACUGCUGAAGACGGCCAUAAUUCUACCUUUGUCUGUUUGACAUGAAUUAGUUUAUUGAAGCAACUGAAAAGCUAUAUAUAUGGUGUAGGUACUAUUCACAUUUCAAGUUCCUUUUCUUACAUAGCUUCAUGACGUUCUAAAUGUAUCUGAUCAUUCUAAUAUUGUGCUUAAAUUUAGAACGUUGGACCAUUUUUGGUAUCCUUUUAAAACACUUAAGUGCUAUGUUGAUAAAGUGAUAUCAAAAACAAGCAAACAAACAAACAAAAAAAGGUCUUGGGCCAGAGAGAUGGCUCUGUGGAAGAGCCUGAUGACCUGAGUUUGCUUUCUAGAAUCCAUACAGUGGAGAGAGAGAACUAACUAACUCGCAGAGUUGUCCUCUGGCUUCCAUGUGAAUUCCAAACACACACAAAUAAAACCUAUAUUUUAAAAUA